CGAUGGGGCGUUGAUGUGAUACGUGAGGUCGAUUCAACGGCCAGCAAUCCGCCAUCAUCGGCUCGGUUCGUGGGGCGGACGGCUCACUUUCGAGACCCCGGAUUCAGCGGGGGUAACGUGUCCUCUUCCUCCAUGCACACCAUGCAGUUUUCACCUACGCUUCAUUCUUCAAUCAUUUUCAGAUCGAUUAGUGUGCAUUGAAGUUGUCAAAGUCCAUAAUCACGGCAAAAGUUCAUCCUCUUGCUGAUCCACCAAGCCAUGCAUCGUUAGAUGCUUACUUAGAAAUGCCAUUUAGUAGCCUUCAACUCAGAAUUUGCGGCUGAGAUACUGCGAAUCAACUGAGCUCCAAGCAUUUGCUUAGUAGCCAUGGCCUUCUCACUUCCUCAUCACUCUUCUCUUCUUGUCUUCGUCGCACUGCUAGCCUUCCUUUCCCUCCUUGGCCCAUGCGCCUGCCGCAAACUCCUCAACUCGUCUGCCGUAGCCGGGGCCACCUGGUCCUCAGCCGGAGCCACCUGGUAUGGAACAGCCAACGGCGCCGGAAGUGACGGUGGCGCAUGUGGAUAUGGUGGUGCAGUCGCUACGGCUCCGUUCUCGUCCAUGAUAGCAGCAGGAAGUCCUUCGAUCUACAAGUCGGGCAAGGGAUGCGGUGCUUGCUAUCAGGUUCUGUGCACGACGAACGACGCGUGCUCCGGAGACCCGGUGACCGUCGUCAUCACGGACGAGUGCCCCGGCGGGCCGUGUCUUGCCGAGCCCGUCCACUUCGACCUCAGCGGGACCGCCUUCGGGGCUAUGGCGAAGCCUAGCCAAGGCGACCAGCUUCGCAACGCAGGCGUCCUUCAAGUACAGUACUCCAGAGUGCAGUGCAGCUACCCGGGCUUCGACGUCACCUUCAAGGUGGAUGCGGGAUCCAACCCAAACUACCUCGCCGUGCUCAUCGUGUACGAAGGAGGGGACGGGGAUCUGGCGGCCGUCGACAUGCAGCAGGGGGCGUCGGGCUCGUGGAUCCCCAUGCAGCAGUCGUGGGGCGCGGUUUGGAAGCUGAACUCGGGGUCGGCGCUUCAGCCGCCUUUCUCGUUCCGGCUGACCUCGGGCCUCUCGGGGAAGACCCUAAUCGCCACCAACGUCAUCCCCGCCGGGUGGCAGGCAGGGAGCACCUACACCUCCACCGUCAACUACAACACCUAAUACAUCUAAAACAAUGCACUAAGUUACUGCUUAUAUAAAUAUCCAUAUGUUGAUGCUGAAUGCUUCGUGUAUGUGUGUGCGGCUGUUACAAGUAUACGUUCUCGAUCGUGUACGACUGUAUGAAGCCCAUAAAUAAGAAGUG